AUGUUGAUAAAUAUGAAAAGCGUCUUAUGGAUGUAUUCAGCCUUAUUAAUAACCCAGGCACUACAUAAAGUGAAAACGGAAACCAGUCCACCUGUUAAAGGCUCUCUCUCCGGAAGAGUGACCCUACCAUGUCGUUUUCCCACCCUGCCUACCCUACCGCCCAAUUACAACACGAGUGAGUUUCUCAGAAUCAAAUGGUCUAAGAUGGAAGUGGACAAAAACGGAAAAGACAUAAAGGAGACUACUGUCCUGGUGGCUCAAGAUGGGAAUAUCAAGAUUGGUCAGGACUACAAAGGGCGUGUGUCAGUGCUUACGCAUCCUGAGGAUGUGGGCGAUGCCUCCCUCACCAUGGUCAAACUCCGCGCUAGCGAUGCAGGUGUCUACCGCUGUGAUGUCAUGUACGGGAUUGAAGACACUCAGGACUCCGUGUCACUGGCUGUGGAUGGGGUUCUGUUUCACUACAGGGCAGCGACCAGUAGAUAUACACUGAACUUUGCAAGUGCUCAGCAGGCUUGUUUGGACAUUGGCGCAGUCAUAGCCACACCAGAGCAGCUCUUUGCUGCCUAUGAAGACGGAUUUGAGCAGUGUGAUGCAGGGUGGCUGUCUGAUCAAACUGUUAGAUAUCCCAUACGGGCUCCCAGAGAAGGCUGUUAUGGAGACAUGAUGGGGAAGGAAGGGGUCAGGACUUACGGAUUCCGCUCUCCCCACGAAACCUACGACGUGUACUGUUAUGUGGACCAUCUGGAUGGCGACGUGUUCCACAUCACGGCUCCCAAUAAGUUCACCUUUGAGGAGGCUGAAGAAGAGUGUGAGAACCAGGAUGCCAGGCUGGCAACUGUUGGAGAGCUGCACGCAGCUUGGAGAAACGGCUUUGACCAAUGCGAUUACGGGUGGCUGUCGGAUGCCAGUGUACGGCAUCCUGUGACUGUGGCCAGGGCCCAGUGUGGAGGCGGUCUCCUUGGGGUGAGAACCCUGUAUCGUUUUGAGAACCAGACAUGCUUCCCUUCCCCUGAUAGCAGAUUUGAUGCCUACUGCUUUAAACCUAAACAGAAUAUAUCAGAGGCAACCACCAUUGAAACGAAUAUCCUCGCAGAAACUGCAUCACCCAGUUUAUCCAAAGAACCACACAUGGUACCUGACAGAGCUACACCAAUCUUUCCGUUAGUCACCGAAUUACCUAUCAUUACCACAUACUUCCCUCCUGCAGGAAAUAUAGUCAAUUUUGAACAGAAAUCUGUAGUCCAGUCUCAGGCUAUCACAGACAGAUUAGCCACCGAGUCACCCACACUUGCUGGGAGUACCAAGAACCACUGGGAUGUGGAUGGCUACUCUCCUUCUGGGCCAGAACUACUUGGGAAGCCAGAUAUAUCUGAAAUUAAGAAGGAAGGACUCCAAAGUACAACUGUCAUCUCCCAGCAUGCUACUGGCUCACAGGAUGGAAUUACAGAAGACGUGCAAACACAUGAGUCAGUGACACAGAUUGAACAAAUAGAAGUGGCCCCGUUAGUGACAUCCACAGAAAUCACAAAGCACAUUUCUUCCAAGGAAUUGCCAGCAUCUGAAGUGACAUUUGAAUCCACAGAAGUGACCCCAAAACAGAAAACUGAAAUGUCAACGGUAGGCACCACUCCCGAAGUGGGGACCACAAGUCACUAUGGAUUUACCUCGAGAGAAGGUGAGAGUGAAGGCAGAACAAUGACAGUUAGGUCUGACCAGAGCCCCCGGGACUUCAGCCAAAUACGCGAAGUCGUCACGGUAUCAAAGACGUCAGAAGAUGCUACCUACUCCCAGCCAGGGGACAUAGAGUCCAUUUCAACGUCGACAGUUGUUUCACCUUUAACUAUGCUUGACAUAGAUGGAGUACUCACAGAUAUAGAGAAAGAACCAAAAACUAAUGGGAAAGUGACUGAAGAUCCUUCUGGUCAAUCACAGCCUACAACCCCUUCGCCAUCAGAGCAUCUUACAGAAGGAGAGUUGUCUCCCUAUUCUGGUGACAUGGUAUCAGUAGGGGGAAUAGCCACAGUUGUUUAUCCUUCCUUGCAAACAGAAGUGACAGAAGGAAGAGAAAGAACAGAAACACCAAGACCAGAGCUAAAACAGGAAGCGUACACAGUUGAUGAGAUACAAGAAAAGAUCACCAAUGAUCCAUUUAUAGGGAUAACAGAAGAAGGCUCAUCUGGGAUGAAGCUCUUUACGUCUCCCUCAGAACAAAUUCAUUUUACAGAACCUUCAGUUGAAGAAUCUGUUUCCCCAGCGUUGACAACUGGAAAGUUAAGCGUGAAGCCAACAGAAGCCAGAGAUGUAGAAGAAAUGGCAACUCUGACUAGAUUAGACACAGAUGCCACAGAGCCCUACCAAGAUGUUACAGCAGCCCAUUUGACCCACAGUACUUUAAAUGUAGAAGUGGUCACAGUAUCAAAAUGGUCAUGGGAAGAAGAUAAUUCAACUUUAAAACCUUUGUCCUCAACAGAGCUUGCCCACUCUACAACAUUGCCCCCUGUCUUACUUAGCACUGUAGGAACAAAGGGAAAGGCUAAAGAAACCCCAAGUUUUCCAGAUGUAGGAGACCAAUAUACUCUUUUUCCAGAUAGUACUCGAAAACCAUCAGAAAAGGUUUCUGAGGAAGAUUUUCCAUCGGGAGAAUUCACAGUUCCUUUUCAACCAGCUCCAUCAGUUGCUAGUGCAGAUGAGUCAACUUUGAGAGAAUCUACAACUGAAGACGGGGUGCUUCCCACCAUAAGCACAGAAGGCCGAGUCAUCACUGCAACUGUGGAAGGAAGUGCUUGGGGUGAAGAUGCAGAUGCCUCCAAACCACUGUUUACUCUCCCCCCAUUUGCACACACGUCCUAUGUGGAAGGAUUGGCCUUUGUUAAUUAUAGCAGCACCCAGGAGCCCACUACUUACAAGUCCCACACCAGUCCUCUUUCUGUAAUUCCCAAGACGGAAUGGAGUGUGUUGGAGUCUUCUGUUCCACUAGAAUAUGAGGUUCUAGGCAAAUCAGAUCAAGAUAUUGUUGAACAGACUCACCUAGAAGCCACCACGCCUCCUGAGGCUUGGAGAACAACAGAAACCACACAGGGAGAAAGCCUGGAAGAACUGCAGACUGUAGGGAGCUCCUUUCCUGUUCUCAGUUCUACUGCAGUAAUGGCCAAGGAGACAGUGGCAUUUAAAGAAGAGGGGGAGGGAUCAGCAUAUACUGUCUCUGAAGACAGAUGGGCGACAGGUUUGGAGAGGGUCCCCGGUUUAGAAACUACUCCAGCUGGAACAAUGGAGCAUGGUACAUCUUAUCUACCUGGUGCAGUAACGCAGCCCAAAGGGGAAGUGGAGACAAUGGUACCACUAGUAUCAACCAUUAGGCCAAAAGAAGUUUCAAGUCUAGAGCCGGAAUUAAAGUAUGAAGCAGAAGGUAGUACUCUGACGGAAUUUGCAUCAACGCUGAGGCCUCUCAGUACUCAAGUCACGCAGCUUAUGCAGGAACCUACUGAGGAAGGCAAAACACCAUCCCUAGAUGAUACAGAUUUAGGCUCAGGAUUAUUCGAAAGACCCGGAGCCACGGAACUCCCAGAAUUUCCAAUAGUUCCAAGUGAUACCAGCGCCUUCCCUUCGAUAGACAGCCUUUACAGAACUCCACCCUUCAGACCCUCCUCUUCAUUCACUGCAGAACCGCCUGCUGUGGAGGAGCCCAGUGCAGAAACGACAGGUGACAUUGUCCUUCCUAGAGAUUCUGUAACGCAACACCCUCCCACAACUCUCACCGAUAUCAUAGCUAAGGAAACAGAAAUUGACAUUGACCAAGACUAUCAUGUGACCUCAAAGCCUCUUGUAACACAGCCAACAAGAUCACCCACUGUGGAAAGAAAAACAACCUCCAAACCUCAGGCAUUGUCUACUUCACCAGCCCCGACAGGGACAAAAUCCCGCCCUGACAUAAAUGUUUAUAUUAUUGAGGUCAGAGAAAAUAAGACAGGUCGAAUGAGUGAUAUGGUUGUGAAUGGUCACCCAGUAGAUUCAGAGCCUAAAGAAGAUGAGCCAUGCAGUGAAGAAACAGAUCCACUGCAUGACCUGUUUGCUGAAAUUUUACCCGAGUUGCCAGAUUCCUUUGAAAUAGACAUAUAUCACACUGAGGACGAGGAAGAAGGAGAGGAGGAUUGUGCAAAUGCAACAGAUGUCACAACUACGCCCUCAGUGCAGUACAUCAAUGGGAAGCAGCUUGUCACCACGGUGCCCAAGGACCCGGAAGCUGCAGAAGCUAGGCGUGGCCAGUAUGAAAGUGUUGCACCUUCUCCUAAUUUCUCAGACAGUUCUGCAGGUGAUGCCCAUCCGUUUAUCAGAGCGGAGACAGAACUGGCAACUGCCACACAGUUGAAUAAAUCUAAAGAAGCCACCACUGAAUUGUUAGAAAUUACUUGGAAACCCGAGACCUACCCUGAAACACCAGAACACUUUUCAAGUGGUGAGCCUGAUAUUUUACCUACAAACUCACUCCGUGAGGAUAAAGCAACCAAGUGGGCAGAGUCUAUUACAGAGAGCAGUCCAAACCUUGAAAAUUCUGAACCUGAGCAGCCUAAGCCUAUGCCUCUGUUUUUUGAAGAGUCUUCAGGAGAGGGUGCCAUUGACCAAGUAUCUCAAAAAACUGUCUUCUCUGAGGCUACAGAAGUAGCGCCGGGCAAAGAGGCAGGACAAAGUCCUACCCUGUCUACCUCUAAUACUCUUUCCAGUUCUGUGUCAGUAAACAUCUUGGAGGAAAAACCAAUUACCCUAACAGGAAUCCAACAGACUGAUGACUCCUUUUCUACCAUGAAAAACUUGGUCGAUAUAAUACCUAAACAAACUGUAGAGUUCUCAGGGAGUUUUUUAGCCCCUAUUACUGAAGGGUCCGGGGAAGUAGAAGAAUAUAAAAAUAAAGUCUUCUCCAUGGUAACUGAUUUACCACAGGGAAAUCCUACAGAUACACUCAUCCCUUUGGAUUUAAGCAAGAUAAUGAUCACAGACAGCCAUUUAUAUAUUCCUGAAACCACUACUCCUUUGGAUUCAGAGCUGCCUUCUGUAGAUGGAAGGCCUACACAAUUUGGAAUCCAAACAGAUGCUUCUGAGUGGGUUUCCAGUACACCUUUUGAAGGAAGGAAAAGAGAAGAAGACGAAGAGGAAACUACAAAUGCAGCCCCCUUUGUUGAAGUCCAAUCGCCAACACAGAGGUCAGAACACUUAAUUUUCCCUCCAGAAUUAGAAAGCCCAAAUGUAGCUGGACCUAGUGAUUCAGCUACCUGGGAACGUUUUGUACCAGAGACCACACCCAUACAGUCUGAAAAGGAAAUGGCAAAUUCUACUCUUGCUUUUAGAGAAACAAGUGGUUUGGUCAAUUUGGAGGCACAGCCCUUUAAGCUUAGUAGUAGCAGCCAGCCCCAGGUGGAGGAGGGAGUGCUGCCCACUGUCUCAGGAUGGCCUUCCCCUCUUUCUAUGGAACAGGGCUCAGGAGAUGCUGGCACUGAUACAGAAUCUACCAUUGCUUCAUUUUUAUUAAAUUCACAGUCUGAAACCCAAGUCAGAAAAGAAUCACUUAGUACACUGUUUCCCAGUGUGGAAACUUCAUUCCCCUCUGAGCCAACAGAGUUAGCUCUGAGGCCUGUAUUGGACAGAGGAGGUGCUGAAGUUAUGAUCCAGGCAUCUAAGGAAACACCAACUUCAGAAGUUCCAGGAAAGCCAAGCCUUCCGGCAGAAGUAAGGGACUUUUCUACAGCCUUUCCUUUCGGAGAAGAUUUUAGCGGUGACUUUAGUGAACAGUCAACAGUGUCUUAUCCAACAAUGAGAGAGGAAAGAGUGGGGACGGAAGGCUCUGAGAGCAAGCAAGUUGGAGAUAGGCAGAACCCAUCAUCUACACCACCUACCUCAGAGGACAUCUACCUAUUACCUUCCUCCAAAGGACUCAGCAGUACCACGGCCAGCACCUCAGCCUUCCCCUGGGAAGAGUUUAUUGCCUCAGCUGAGGGCUCAGGUGAGCAGCUGACCUCAGUGGGCAGCUCUGUUGGUCCAGUGCUUCCCUUUGUUGUGGACAGUUUUUCUAGUACGGAGUCUCAAUAUCUUGAUGAAGGUUUUCAAGAAGUGGGUGCUGUGACAGAAGCAGAGAAACGAUCCACUGCUUUGCCGACAGCGGACACUGGGAAUACUGUACUGCUGACAGAAAGUGGCGACAUAAAAGGAAAUACCACAGUGUCAGCGGACUUUCCCCAAACAAUGGAUCCAACCAAAUUAUGGUCUAAACAGGAAGUCAACACUGUAAAACAAGCUGCUGAAAGUGAAACAGCACAGGAGGAAAAAGCUCAAGAACAAAAGACUUUUGUAUCUCUUCAUGGAUCUCUUGCACCAGAACAAAUAAUUUUGGAAUCCCAAACACUUACUGAAGAUAAACUCCAAACUUCAGAGCCCUCUCUGUUAACAACAAAGACAUCAUACAGCACUAAUGAGGAAAUGGGGGAGGAAGACAUGGCCACAGCUCAUCAGUCUUCUCCAGGUCCAGGGAUUAAAGGCUCAGAAUCAUAUACUACUCAUCCUGAGACUACUGAGAAGCCACAUUCUUUUCUAAUUACUGCUUUAGUGACUGAAUCUGUACCAGCUAGAAGUGUAGUCAUGGAUACCUCAAAUCAAGAAGAAAGUACACAACUCUUUGAAAAUGGUAUGAAGUCAACAAUUAGAGAGUCAAAUACUGAUCUCUCAUUCUCUGGACUGGGAUCAGGGGAGUCCUUGCCUCCUCAACCUACAGCAUUAGUGACUUUGACUGAAAUGGAGCAGAUCAUUAGUACGUUGUAUCCUGAGACAUCUCACACGGGUAUUUUAGGAACAAACCUUUUAAGUGAUAAAGUAGAAGACAAUGAAAUAAUAGAAAAUGGGACAGAUAAAGUUAGAAUACUCAUUUCCAAAACAGGCAACAUUUCUCAAGAAAGUAAGGAAACACCCAGCACAACUUUGAGUGAUGCUCCACCUCUUCCUUUCACCAAGCACAUAGACGCGGAACAUUCUCCAGAUCAGACCUUCAUGUGGGAAGAAGAAAUCCAGACUCAUACACCACAAACCAUAACUGAACAGAUCACUAGUGAGAAUUCUUCAGCAUCAGAAACUGAAGUAGCAACGACCUCUUCCACUGCUUUUCUGGAUCAAACAUACAAGAUCGAAGUGACCAAAGCAUUUGUUGUAUCAGCAUCAAAACAACCUAAUCUCUUUUAUGUAAAUUCUGGAGAAGGAUCUGGAGAAGUGGAUGCUCGUGAUUUAAUAUACACCUCUGGACCUACUCAGAUAACCAAUCAAGGAGACAGCACACUUGCAACUGAUGGAUUCCUGGAAAAGCAUCCAGAGGAGUCAAGACAUGAGGUCGGCACUACUGAUGGACCAACGGCUUCAGCAAUGCUAUUGCAUCACUCAGAGUACAAUGAGAAUUCCCUGUAUUCAGCCAGCACCCUGCCUAGCACAGUGCCAUAUGAGAGUCUCACAGAAAGUAUUGCAGAUGGUUUGCAAGACCAUAUCAGAUUUGAAGGCUCUACCUUGAAGCCUAACAGAAGAAAAACCACUGAAAACAUCAUUAUAGAUCUAGACAAAGAGGAUGGUAAGGAUUUAGGAUUAACAAUUACUGAGAGUGCCAUUGUGGAAAUUCUGCCUGAGCUGACAUCAGAUAAAAAUAUCAUUAUAGACAUUGAUCACAUUAAACCCGUAUAUGAAUACAUCCCGGGAAUACAAACUGACCUAGAUCCAGAGAUGCCAUUGGGCUCCCAUGGCGGUAAUGAAGAAAUCCUUCAAGGUCAAGAGAAGCAUGAGGCAGUUGUUAACCUUUCUACAACCGAGGAGGCAUUUGAGGGCUCUGGUGAUGUGCUUCUUGCUGGCUCCACUCAAGCGGUCUUCAGUGAGUCUGGAAGUUCUCAGGAUGGGAGGCAGGCAGAACACACAGGCUUUAACUUUGCAACUGGAAUCCCAGUUUCUAGCAGAGAAACAGAAGUAGAUACUUUCUUUCCCACAGUGUCAACCUUGCACACUCCUAGUAAACUAACCACAGCCAGUCCAGAGACUGAAAAACCCAAAAUUGAAGCAGUAUCUCUGGAUGAUAUAUUUGAAUCAAGCACAUUGUCUGAUGGCCAAGCGAUUGCAGACCAAAGUGAAGUAGUAUCAACCCUGGGUCAUUUGGAAAGGACACAAGAAGAAUAUGAGGAAAAGAAACAUGGGGGUCCUUCUUUCCAGCCAGAAUUCUUCUCAGGAGCAGGGGAGGCACUGACAGGUUCCCCUGCUUUUGUAAGUAUUGGUAGCACUCAGCAUUUAACAGACAUCCCUGAAGUGACAGAAGCACCUGACUCCACACAUUACACUGAGACAACCCCUGCAGUUUUCUCCCUGGCAGAGUUGUCUCCCCAGACACCACCUUCUCCCUUCCCUGUCUACAUAGACAGUGGAGUCUCUGAAUACCCAGAGGUUCCCCACACAAGGGCUCAGCUAGGUCCUGGUGCUGCCUCAUCCCAAAGACCGCUAGAUGACACCUUUAAGGAAGUCCGUGCUAAUAUUGAAGCAACCAUCAAGCCAUCCGGCGAAGGGGAUGCCCCCAGAACUGAGCCUCUAUUCUUGUCUCCUGACCCUACAUUAGAUAUUUCGGAAGAUGAAAGAAAGCCUAAAUUACUAGUAGAGCUGGAAACUUCUCCCACUGAACCAACUGUUGAAGAAGAAACUGCGAUAUCACAAGAUUACCUAAACAAAGCCAACAAUCAGCUUCCAGGAGAAACAUUUGGAAUGCCCCCCAGUGCCAAAACACCAGAGAGUGGACCUGUCACGACAGCUGCAGAUGACAUUGAGUUGGUAGGUGCCACACAGCAGCCGCAAUCUUCUGCUUCUCUGGCUUUCAGGGUUGAGACAGGUGUGGUACCUCAACCCAUCCCACAGAAGCCCGAGGAGCCCACCUUUCCUCCUUUGGAAAUUAACCGCGAAACAUACACAUCGUUAAUUGGCGAAAACUCUGUAAUAACAGCCUCUGAAAAGCAAGUGUCAAAAACAAUUCUCGAUCACAGUAGUCAGGCAACAGCCAGCACUCUGGAUCUAAAUACUCCACGUUCAGUAACGCCAUUUUCCAUUCUGGACAAUUCUAAUGAAACCGCUUUCCUGGUUGGCAUUAAUGAAGAAUCCGUGGAAGGUACAGCAGUUUAUCUACCAGGACCUGAUCACUGCAAAACGAAUCCAUGCCUCAAUGGAGGCACCUGCUAUCCUACGGAGACUUCCUAUGUGUGCACCUGUGUUCCUGGGUUCAGUGGGGACCAGUGUGAACUGGAUUUUGAUGAAUGCCAUUCUAACCCUUGCCGAAAUGGAGCCACGUGUGUGGACGGUUUUAACACAUUUCGGUGCCUCUGCCUUCCAAGUUAUGUUGGUGCCCUGUGUGAACAAGACACGGAGACCUGUGACUACGGCUGGCACAAGUUCCAGGGGCAGUGCUACAAGUACUUCGCUCACCGCCGCACGUGGGAUGCUGCUGAGAGGGAGUGUCGCCUGCAGGGUGCUCACCUCACAAGCAUCCUGUCUCACGAAGAACAAAUGUUUGUGAAUCGUGUGGGUCAUGAUUACCAGUGGAUAGGCCUCAAUGACAAGAUGUUUGAGCACGACUUCCGUUGGACUGAUGGCAGCGCACUGCAAUAUGAGAACUGGAGACCCAACCAGCCAGACAGCUUCUUUUCUGCGGGAGAAGACUGUGUUGUGAUCAUUUGGCAUGAGAAUGGCCAGUGGAAUGAUGUUCCCUGCAAUUAUCACCUCACCUACACCUGCAAGAAGGGAACAGUUGCUUGCGGCCAGCCCCCUGUUGUAGAAAAUGCCAAGACCUUUGGAAAAAUGAAACCACGUUAUGAAAUCAACUCCUUGGUUAGAUACCACUGCAAAGAUGGUUUCAUUCAGCGUCAUCUUCCAACUAUCCGGUGUCUAGGAAAUGGGAGAUGGGCUAUGCCUAAAAUAACCUGCAUGAACCCAUCUGCAUACCAAAGGACUUAUUCUAAGAAAUUCUUUAAAAAUUCCUCAUCAGCAAAGGACAAUUCCAUAAAUGCAUCAAAGCAUGAGCAUCGCUGGAGCCGGAGGUGGCAGGAAUCUAGGCGCUGAUCCUUAAAAUGGCGAACAUGUGCUUCCUCACUUCAGCCAAAGUCCCGACUUUCCGUGCCUUUCCUAGCACCUCAAGAAGUAUUAGCAGUUGGUUUGGAUUUGGGGACUGCCGUCUGGUCAUUUGGGGUUGCUGUGCUCUUAAAGUAUUUUCAAUGAAACGUGGAAUUAAAAGAAAAAAAAGCAAAUAAAAUGAUAGCAAAUGAGCGAAGAAAGUAGCCAUUCCAGCCUAAU